UUUUUGUGUGAGAAAUAUAACUCCAACUAGUUUGCUUUGGUCCCACAAUUUCCAAUAAAUACAAAAACAAGAACGAAUAACGCCGGCCGUUCAAAUACAAUUAACAAUUCUCAGCCCCAUCAGUGAUACGACGAGGUUCACAAUGCCCGCAGGCGAACUCCGAUACCCAUCGCCGCCGUCAACGCCGGAUUCCGACGACGAGGAGUCCCGGGUGUGGUCACAGAUCAAGUCGGAGGCUCGCCGAGACGCCGAGUCGGAGCCGGCGCUCGCGAGCUACCUCUACUCGACGAUCCUCUCUCACUCCUCCCUCGAGCGAUCGCUCUCGUUCCAUCUCGGCAACAAGCUCUGCUCUUCCACUCUUCUCUCCACCCUCCUCUACGACAUCUUCCUCAACGCCUUCUCCUCCGACCCCGCCAUCCGAUCCGCCACCGUCGCCGACCUCCGCGCCGCUCGCUUCCGUGACCCCGCCUGUGUCUCCUUCUCUCACUGCCUCCUCAAUUACAAGGGCUUCCUCGCUUGUCAGGCCCACCGAGUUGCUCACAAGCUCUGGAAUCAGUCUCGAAGACCGCUUGCACUUGCACUGCAAUCUCGAGUCUCUGACGUAUUUAGCGUUGAUAUACACCCAGCCGCGAGGAUCGGGAAGGGGAUACUGUUUGAUCAUGCGACUGGUGUCGUUGUUGGCGAGACAGCAAUGAUUGGAAAUAAUGUAUCCAUUCUCCAUCACGUGACGUUAGGUGGAACUGGUAAAGUUGUUGGAGACCGACACCCGAAGAUCGGUGAUGGAGUAUUGAUUGGGGCCGGGGCAACAAUACUGGGGAAUGUGAAGAUUGGGGAGGGGGCAAAGAUUGGGGCGGGGUCAGUGGUUCUAAUUGAUGUGCCUCCACGGACGACUGCGGUGGGGAACCCGGCGAGGCUGGUUGGGGGCAAGGAAAGGCCUUCUAGACACGAGGAGGUGCCGGGAGAGACCAUGGAUCACACAUCGUUUAUCUCAGAUUGGUCUGAUUAUAUCAUCUGAUCUAUUGUCAUGAUAUGCAUGGUGUUAGAGGUAGCUGUUACACCUUCACUUGCUUUGGUAUUCAGAUACCCUCAUCUAAUAUUUGUAUAUUACCAUAUAGUAUGUAUAUUUGUGUAUUGACGCACUUCUUCUGUGCUGUUGCUUUUCUUAUCAUUUUCAAUGGUCAAUCUUGUGAUUGACGGAUAAAAAUUACCUAGUUAUAAAAGGUAGUUGUUUUGGGUUA